ACAAAAAUUAGGCAACUGGGAAAAGGAAAAAUGAGGAAUAGCAUACAAAUAUUGAAUUAGAAUAUUGUCCGCGCAAACCAGCAUCGUAAUAUACGCAUGCGCUCGUAAAGACGCCAAAAAGCUGUGUAGCUAUAUCUGAUAAACAUAAACAACGCUUUUAGCGAUAACAAUCGAUGAUAAAUCCAUCCAAUAAAAAAUUUAUAUGUUCAAUCGUCAGUCAUGGCCGCUAAGCGACAUCCUUAUCAAUAUCAUUAACUAGCAGAUUAAACAUAAUCGUUAUCGGUAAUUCCAGAUCACAUGUUUCUCCAAAAAAUUUAAUUCUUAUGUUUAUUAACUUGUCAAAAUUUUUGUUUUCGAGUGAUAUUUGAUUUGCUUCUGAAAUGUCUUAUGAAGAAGAGAGUGGUGCGUAUAAUACUAAUUUUGUAGUUGGAUCAUAUAAUAAAGAUUUUGAAUAUGGACCUGAUGAACCUGAAGCUGAAUUUCAUGAUUCUGAUUCUGAAGAUCAAAAACCUAGAAUUUUGCUCAUGGGUCUGAGGAGAAGUGGCAAAUCAUCUAUUCAGAAAGUAGUUUUUCAUAAAAUGUCACCAAAUGAGACGUUAUUCUUAGAGAGUACAAACAAAAUUGUGAAAGAUGAUGUUUCCAAUAGUUCAUUUGUCCAAUUCCAAAUUUGGGAUUUUCCUGGGCAAAUAGAUUUUUUUGACCAAACAUUUGAUGCAGAUAUGAUAUUUGGUGGGAGUGGAGCACUUGUGUUUGUUAUAGAUGCUCAGGAUGAAUACAUGGAAGCCUUGGAUAGGUUGAAAAUGACAGUUGCUCGUGCUCAGAAGGUGAAUCCAGUAAUAAAAUUUGAAGUUUUCAUUCACAAAGUUGAUGGACUCUCUGAUGACCAUAAAAUAGAAACUCAAAGAGAUAUCCAUCAACGAGCGCAUGAGGAUUUAAUUGAUGCUGGAUUAGAUAAUGUUAAUUUAAAUUUCUAUCUUACAAGUAUAUAUGAUCAUUCAAUAUUUGAAGCUUUUAGCAAAGUUGUCCAGAAAUUAAUCCCACAGUUACCAGCUUUAGAAAAUCUUCUUGACAUAUUUAUUACUAAUUCUGCUAUAGAGAAGGCAUUUUUGUUUGAUGUUAUCAGUAAAAUCUACAUAGCCACUGACAGCACUCCUGUAGAUAUGCAGUCAUAUGAGCUCUGUUGUGACAUGAUUGAUGUCGUAAUAGAUGUUUCCUGUAUCUAUGGCUUAAAAGAAGAUGAAAGUAGUGCAUUCAACUCAAAGUCUUCGAAUAUAAUAGAACUAAAUAACAGUACAGUUCUAUAUCUAAGAGAAGUGAACAGAUUUUUAGCAUUAGUAUGUAUUUUAAGGGAAGAAAACUUCAAUAAGCUAGCACUUAUAGAUUAUAAUUUUCAUUGCUUUAGACAAGCUAUACAAGAUGUUUUUGAUGUACGUUUUAAGACUUCAGAAUCUUCAGGUACUCACUCAACUGUGGAAAAUGUAUUAACUAAUGGUCAUGGUGACUAACAAUAAAGAGUGCCUUAUUAUCAUAUUAGUUAAAGUGAAUAAAUUAUGAUUUAGUUAUUUUUGAGACAUAUUUUGGACUUUAAAUAUUAUCAAAAUUGAAUCACAUUAUAGUCUUCUGUUAUUGACCUAUCAAAUUAUAUUUUUUAUAUCUCUUUAUAGUAAAAGUUCAGAAUAAAAAGUUAUAUAGUUUUAAUUUGAUUUACCAUAUGGAAAUUAAAAUGAGUUUGUGCUACUUUUCUUUUUAUUGUGAUUGAUAGCUUAAAUCUAAUUUUAUUAUUUAUGAUUAUUGUAUAUUUUAUAUUGUAUAUUUUAUAUUGUAUAAAUUUAUUGUAGUAAUGCUUUGUAUUAUUAUUAUUUAUUUUUGACAUUCUGCCAUAUUUGAGCUACAUGCCUUUGUAUUGUUUCCUUCUGUAAAAUUGCUCAAUUGAUCAAUGCGAAAUUCGAACCAUAUUGAGUAUCACAAUUAAUGUGCUUUGUAUAAAGAUUCCGUAUCAAUUGUACAUAUUUUUGUCAAACUCUAUUACAUUUUUGUGUGCUCUGAGCUUGUAUAAAAUGUUUUUAACUUAUGACUUGUAUAUAACAUUACUUUCUCAUACAGUAGCAAGAUAUGUUAAACAAACAAUAAAUAUAUUUUUACUGUC